GAUAGGCGCGGCGGCCAUCUUGCAUAUACAUGUAGUUAACAGUAACUCGGCGUUCCGGCUACAGGAACCCAUUUGGUGUAAAAGUAACCGCAGAGUUCGCGCGCUGCCCCGCGAGCAUUUCGUCACAUCAAUGAGAGCAGAGCGCUGUGACGUCAUCAGAGGCGGCUGGAUGGAUGUAUAGCGCAGCGCGCGCGCGUGUCGGCCGUCUUCCACAUUUAAUACCAGGAUUUACAAUAAUAAUAAUAAUAAUAAUAAUAAUGCUAGAAAUAUAAUAAUUAGUGACCUCGUUUUUUCCUCCAUUGCCUCGCCUUUCGUUUCUUCUGAGCACCACUUUCUGUCCUCGGCCUUGUUUCCUCCGUGUAUUCCUGGUUUCUCCCUCUGGGUUACCGGAAGAUGGAGAAGAUGCCACGGAUGCCUCUACGUGCUGGAUGAAAGGAUCCGAGCGCCAGCGCUUAUUUUCACUGACUUUGCGGGUUACCUUAAAAAAACAAACAAACACUCUCAUCUUCAUUAGAGAAAGCUUUCCUGAAGCUCCUUCUGAUGUGUGCUAGUUUUCUUUGCCCAUUACAGUCAAUUGCUUAUUUUUUAAAAGGCUGUCAAGAAUAGGCUCUAUGAAGAAGAAAACCCAAGUCCAUAGACGCCGAUUAAAACAUGGCAUUUAAAAUGUCGUCUUUGGUCAGUAGGAUGGUUUUCUGCAUCCUUCCGUGAUCUCCACUGCGCUGGGCAAACUGGGCGAGACAGGACAGAGCGCGCGUGCCGUGGGUUUUUUUUUUUUUUUUUUUUGCGCCUGAAGACACUGUCUCUCCUACAGGACUGGACAUGUUGACACUAACGUAAAGAUGGAUGUAGUUUUUGCUCUCGUCUGGCUGCUCGCUGUGUUCCUAAAGGGCAUUCUCUGCCAGGGAGUGUACGCUCCUCCAACUGUUCGCAUCAUUCACUCUGGUCACGCAUGUAAUGUGGAGGAAGAGCGCUACACUGAGAGAGUGUAUACGAUCCAGGAGGGUGAGACACUAGAGCUGACCUGCCUGGUCUCAGGACAUCCACGACCACAGAUACGAUGGACCAAGACAGUGGGCAGUGCUUCUGAUCGUUUUCAUGAGUCCAGCGUGUUCAAUGAAACUCUGCGCAUUACUCACAUCCAGAGGCACCAUGGUGGUCGCUACUACUGCAAGGCAGAGAACGGCCUUGGCGCCCCUGCCAUUAAGUCCAUUCGAGUGGACGUCUAUUAUCUUGAUGACCCAGUGGUGACAGUACAUCAAAGUGUGGGAGAGGCUAAAGAACAAUUCUACUAUGAACGAACAGUUUUCCUCCGGUGUGCUGCCAACUCCAACCCGCCAGUACGUUACAGCUGGAAACGUGGACAUGAAUUUUUGUCCCAAGGGUCUGACAAGGGUGUGGAGAUCUAUGAACCUUUCUUCACACAGGGUGAAACAAAGAUCCUCAAGCUGAAAAACCUUCGACCUCAGGACUAUGCCAACUACACAUGCACUGCUUCAGUGCGCAAUGUCUGUGGCAUCUCUGAUAAGAGUGUAUUCUUUCAGCUCACCAACACAACAGCAUCUCCAAGUAUUAAACUGCUAGUGGAGGAUCCCAUAGUGGUCAACCCAGGACAGACACUGACACUUGUGUGCAUAAGCACAGGAGGAGAGCCUAUGCCAGUCCUGACAUGGGUACGACAUGGUGCGACACUCCCUCAAAAUAGCAUUCUGAAUGGUGGUACUCUUACUAUACCUGCCAUCAGCACAGAAGAAACAGGCAUCUACAGUUGUGUUGCCAGCAACAAUGUGGGAAACCCAGCCAAGAAAUCCACCAACAUCAUUGUGAGAGCUCUUAGGAAAGGUCGUUUCUGGAUUACGCCUGACCCAUAUCACAAUGAUGACAACAUUCAAAUUGGGCGUGAGGUGAAGAUCUCAUGCCAGGUGGAGGCCACGCCAGCUGAGGAACUAAUAUUCAGCUGGCUGAAGAAUGGGCGAGCUCUACGCAGCUCAGAGCGUAUGGUCAUCACCCAGACUGACCCUGAUGUUGCACCAGGAACCACUAACCUGGACAUCAUUGACCUCAAGUUCACAGAUUUUGGCACCUACACCUGUGUUGCAUCACUCAGAAAUGGAGGCAUUCCUGAGAUUAGCAUUGAUGUUAACAUCUCAUCCACCACAGUUCCCCCAAGCCUGAUGGUUCCAAGAGGGAAGUCCCUUUUAGUGGUACAGGAGACUGAGACAGUGGAGCUGCAGUGUCUGGUGUCAGGCAAACCCAAGCCCAUUAUCCUGUGGUCCCGUGCUGACAGGGAAGCACCCAUGCCAGAUGGAAGCAUGCAGAUGGAAAGUUACGAUGGCAUUUUGCGCAUUGUCAAUGUCUCACGUGACAUGAGUGGCACAUACCGCUGCCAGACCAGUCAGUACAACGGCUUCAACGUCAAACCCCGAGAGGCUGUCAUUGAGCUCAUUGUUCAAUAUCCCCCUGCAGUGGAGCCGACAUACACUGAGCUACGCCAGGGCCUAGGCCGGGCAUUCACAAUGAAUUGCAGAGUACUGCGUGCAUAUCCAUCUCGUGUGUUGAAAUAUGAGUGGAAACUGGGUUCACGCCUUCUCAUCAUGGGCCAGUUGGAUACACGUGAUGACACUGAGUACCAUGUCAGGGCAUUGAACCGUGAGGGCUAUGGUGCCUACACCUGCGACAUCAGCAAUGAGGCUGGUGCUGGCCGCUGUACCUUUCUUGUCACUGGCAAGGCCUUUGCUCCAGAGUUCUACUACGACACAUAUAGUGCACUCUGGCAGAACAAACCCAGAGUGUAUGGUUUUAAACUCCAGUGGACACAGAUGAACCCCACUGCAGUGGACCGCAUCAUGGCCUAUCGGCUUGGUAUCAAACAGACAGGACAACAGAGAUGGUGGGAGCAGGAGAUCCCCAUGGAAGGUACCAUUCAAAAAGGUGAGCUCAUUACCUACAACCUGACUGAGCUUGUUAAACCUGAGGCCUACCAGGUGCGCCUCACCCCUAUCACCCGCUUUGGAGAAGGAGAUUCCACUGAGAGGAUCAUUCGCUAUAGUGCUCCUGUAAACCCUCAUUGGAGUAAAUUCCACUGUGGUUUUGAAGACGAAGCUAUAUGCAUGUUCACCCAAGACAAAACUGAGGAAUUUGAUUGGACAAGACAUAGUGCUGCCACAAGGGACACCAAAUACACUCCCAAUACUGGACCCAGCAGUGACCGUAGUGGCUCAAAGCAAGGUUAUUACAUGUACAUUGAAACAUCACGCCCUCGACAGGAAGGAGAUAAAGCACGAUUGUUGACCCCACUGUUCAGCGUUGUUCCAAAAAAUCCCUAUGGGAAUGUGGCCAGUAAUCCAACCUACUGCUUUAGCUUGUACUACCAUAUGUAUGGGAAACAUAUAGGCAUGCUGAAUGUGUAUUUAAGACAGAAGAGUCAGACUGGUGAGGACAGCCCUGUGUGGACUUUGAGUGGGAGCCAAGGGGACCACUGGAAACAAGCUAGAGUAAACAUUCACCCUACAUCCUCUUUUCAGAUGAUUUUGGAAGGCGUUCGUGGUUCUGGCAUUGAAGGCGACAUUGCCAUAGAUGAUGUUGCCAUUGAGGAGGGAGAAUGUCAAGACCCCCCUCCUAAUAGUAACCUUAGAUCCCUGGCCCCUUCCACAGCAGAACAUAUAUGGAAGUUGUGUAUUACUCUGCUCUUGGUCUUGGUUGGCCAACGGAGGUGACCGUGUUUUUGAAAGAUCCAUUCUGAUUCUGGCAUUUUGGGGAUUUUUGACAGACCAGUACUGUCUGACAACUACCAAAGAUCAAUCCGGUCUGUAAGAGAAGUCACAACUCAAAUCAUAUAACCCAGAAGGUGUCAAUCACUAAGUAACAAAUGAUGAGCCCAUUACAGAUGACCAUGCAGAGUCAGGAUUUAAAAGCCUAUUACAUUUGCUGUCAUUCUUAAGAUGUGGAUUGCUGUGCCUGGAUUCUUUAACAACAAUGAAUUGAGAAACUCUAUAAGAGAAUUUUCUCAAAGCACAAAGACAGAAUAUUUAUUUUCCGGAAGAUUUUACUUUAAGUGUCUUUCACUGUGUUUAUUUUAAAAUCCACAUUAUGUCAAUAUAUGACGCACUUGAAGGAGAUAAAGCCCCUGGUUAGUAGUGAUUUAAAAAAAUCAAUGAUGAAAAUGAUCAUUUAUUUGUAAAUAAUAAUUUUCUUAUUAUUUCAUGUUUUAUUAUAAAUAGUCAAUUAAAAAGCAGAGGAAUAUGAAAUUCAAUUAAAUUGAAUUAAAUUAUGUUUUUCCCCACAUGCAGUUAAGCUUAUUGUAGUGCCUGAAAUCUGUAGUCUUUUAAAAAGAAGAUUGGGCUGAAUUGGGCUUACUGUAACUCUUGGCAAUUUUCUGAUUGUUCCCCUAAAUCUUAUUCAGCCAAUCAUUGGCCAGGACAUGGACUAUUUAUAAUACCAUUGCAAAACCAGACACAAUCUCUGAAGUUGAACUUUUCCUGUUGUUUGAUAUUUUCACUCCAUUUGUUCCUUUACUAUAUUCACUGUCUGGGUGUCAUCACUGAUAUCAGGUAUUUGUCCAAUAUAUCAUAACACCCUUUCUCUAAGCAUCAAUGAGUUGACUUUUUUAUUUUAGCAUGGCUUCAUAAACACUGGCUGCCCUCUGCCCACUGAAUUACAAACUGUGCCAGUCUAAAGCUGUGCCAGUCCGCAACAGCAGUUGUUUUCUUGAGGUACAGUAGGAAAGCUGUCUUUUCGCUAGACCUUUCAUGAGGCUCCUCGACUGCUGCUGCCUGCAAUGGAAAUCAAGUGCCUUCAGAACUCCAUGUAACAUCAUUCUGUUUAAAUACCUGCUGUGAUUGAUCUUCGCCAUACUUUAUAACAAGACAAAGUGCAGAACUGUAAGAAGUGAGCAUGACAGAUGGCUGACCCCAGUACCACAUCCUUUUCCAUGACAGCUUCUUAUUUACAUCAUCGUCUUUUCUUUGACAGCCAUUGCUUUAAGGCUUACAACCUGUCAUGCUCCAAACCUUACUGAGGUAGAGAAAUUGAUAGAAUUAUUGGAGGAUAAAGACAGUUCUUUAUACGAUGGACAUCAAAUAUGAAAUCCAGAGCCAGAUCUGUGCUCUGGGUAAAAAGAAAUACUACUAGGAGGGUCACUGUGAAAUCCUUCUUAACUUCAACGAGAGGCUUGUGCUAUUGAAGGUUUUUUUAAAGGACUGAAUGGUACAAAGGCUGAUAUGUGUUUUAUCUAAACAGUGCUGGGUCCAUCAACUUGGAUUCUUACAAAUGAUAUUUUAUUAUCUUGCUGAUUUUACACAAACUGUUAAAAAAAUUUCUCUGAACUACCUGAGGUCAUCCAUUACCUUAACCAGCUGGUUUUUGAAAAUGUAUUAUUCAUAAGGUUUGUUUCUAGGGAAGUUUGAGUUUCCUCCCUCCCUCAAUCUGUUGUUUCAUGCAAUAUUUUGCUUUGUUUUAAAAAUGUACAAGUCCCCCUUUAUUCUUGUAUUAUUCAACAAAAUAUAAUAUGAAACUAUAGUACCAUAUUAUGAACAUGACAAUAUAAACUUUAUGAAAUUUAUAUUCAAAGAUAUUGGAUAGGACCUCCUGUCCAAAUGUUUUCACAUUUUUUUAAACACUCAUAUGAAAAAGCACAACAUGUAUUCACUGUCACAACACACUAAACACAGUACCUCCCACAAACAAUAAGUUUUUUCUUGAAUUUGAUUAAUGCCACAUUUGAUAGGAAGGACUCCCCAAUAAUAUGAUAUUUUAAAUC